UCGGCGGCCGUCGCCGUUCCCGUUUUCUUUACCCGUCGCACGCACGAACACACGCACGCACGUUCUCCGACUCGCCGGCCCGCGUUCCAUUCCAAUCCACACACGCACGCACGUACACACACACGCAAACGCCGUGUGUGCGCUCGCCGCCGUUUGGCUCGGCUCUCUCACCCGUCAGUCUCGUACCGAUCGGCCGACUAUUUGUUUCGUCGCUGUCGCCGUAUAAUAUUCGAUCGGAACAAAAAUCUUAAUAUUAUUAUUAUCGUUAUUGUUAAUUAUUAUUAUAAUCAUCAUCGUCAUAACUGUUGUUAUUAUUAAAAUAUAUAAGAUAAAUACAUAUUUACACAUUCGGUAUAAUAGUGCGUGUGUCGUGUGCAUAUAUUCUAAUAUUAUAAUAAUAUUGUUAUUUGUGACCGGUUUAGUCGCAUCGCCGGUUCGACGCUUUUCGAUCGCAUUUCAGGUGUUAAUAUCUGCAACAGAAACAUUAAUAAUACAAGUUACAAUAAUCACUGUCGUCCGCCAAUCGACGUGUUUUCCGAAUUUUCGUUUAAAGUUAACGACACGUGGUGUGUGGCGCUGUGCGUAACGGUAUCGGUCACACGAUCACUGCCAUAAUAAUAUUGUUGUGUUGCUGGUGUGGUCGCGGCGCGAAAUGACCACCUUGUACAGUUCCGUGGCCGCAGCUGUUGUCGUUGUUGCCGUCACCGGCGGUGGUGCAUUAUAACCACGACGACGACGGCGGCGGCGGCAUCGUCUUGGACGACGCCGCACGGACGACAACGGUCGGCCCAACACGGAUGCGUCCGGAAAACGUGGUGCGCACGCCGCGAUCACAUAUCAAGGUGCCACCGCCGCCGCGCGCGCGUCACGGCGGCCGCCGGCGGACCAGCGCAGUAUUUGGUUCGGCGGGUCGGCGGAAGUAGUGGCCACCAAAUGCGAGGCGGCAUUCACGUGUUUUAUGUUCAUGUUCAGGAGGAGGCGGACGGCAUUAGCUAAACGCUUGUGGAAGGCACGGGUGCGCCGAGACAAUGAAACCAGGUGUGCGGAAAAGACCUCCUCGGCGUCCGCCGCAGCCGCUCAACCACCAGUAGCAGCGGCGGCGACGUCACCUCCGUCCGCGCACCCGUCCCCGCCGGUCGAGUCGGACGAACGGAAAUUCCGCAACGCGCUGUUCAAGCGGCUGGAUGACAGGCAGCUGGAGACGCUUCUCCGGGCCGUGGACACCGGUGGCGUGGACGCGGCAGAGUGCGUGGCCGUCCGGCCGUUCCUGUUCGCCGACCCGGCGGUGAUAUGUUGCCGUCUGUGGCGAUGGCCUGACCUCAGGACUGUCGAACAGCUGAAGAGCACACCCUCCUGCCAGACGGCCAAACAACCCGACAUGUUGUGUUGCAACCCGUACCAUUGGAGCAGACGAUGCGAAAUCGAACGACCUCCGCCGCCCUAUUCAAGGUUCGUGAAGGAAAAACUGAAACCUGAAGAUCGUGCUCCCAGCGAGUGUAGUUGGGAUAGUAAUGAUGACGAACUUCGUGGUUCGUUUAGCACUGACGGUGACGAAAAACAAAACGAACAAGAAUGGUGUAAAGUGGCGUAUUGGGAACUAUCGCAACGAGUCGGCAGGUUGUUUCCCGUAGAAACAAAAUUUGUGAAUGUGUUCUGGAAUGUUCCACUUGGCACGGGUCUGUCUCUAGCCGCCCUCACUCAACAUCAUUUUUCACCCGGGCAGGGCCCUCCGGAGUCUGUACUCAGGAACAGGACCAAAAUCGGACAAGGUCUAGCUCUGAGCAGAGAAGAAGAUGGCGUGUGGGCGUACAACCUGAGUGACUGGCCGAUGUUCGUAAAUUCGCCGACGCUGGACGACCCGGACAGCAAGUCUUAUCUGGUUUUUCGCGUACCUUCCGGCCACUGUCUGAACAUAUUCACGGGAAACCCGCACGGCGAUCGAAUACGCUAUUCAAACGGCGUGCGAGUCGGACCCGUCGACCCGAACGCCGUACGCAUCAGUUUUGCCAAAGGAUGGGGGCCCAAGUAUUCCCGGCAGGAGAUCACGUCCUGUCCGACUUGGAUCGAAGUUCUGCUAGAUCCUUGCAGAUGACACAGGGUGACCGAAAAUGGAAUCUGAGAUGACAAUGUUAUUCUCAAAUUCCCCAACUAAACACUAGUUAUAAGGACUAAUUUUAUUGAAUUUGUGACUCAAACCAAAUUGUGUUAAACAUGUGCGUUUAAGUUUCGUGUUUGUCGAUCUUGUUUGUACAAUACUAUUGUCUAUACGAGAUCUUUAAACAAACUAAGUUAUUGUUUUUUUUUUUUUUAAUUUUAAUUUUUGUAAAAACAAAGGAUACCAUUGUGAUAUUAGUUCAGCGUCCUUAACGACAGCUCUUUUUGCUAAGGGUACGAUGCUAUUUUCAACACGUAAGGGAAACUAGAGCUUAAUGACAUCCACAUUCCAUGAAUUAAUAUUUUGAAAAUUUACCUUUUCUCCUUUAAACCCGUUUUUACAGAUAGUUCCUCCUCCGAUUUAAUAUAAACUAGGUUUUUGUAAUUUUUUUUUUUUUUCGUGAUCUAGUCAGGAUAUUUAAAAUUGACUGUUGAUCAAAAUUGGUUAAGGAAAUCAAAUAGAAUAGCGAAUACUAAAAGAUUGUAAUUUAAUACUAAUGUUUUUGGCAAUUUUUUUCAUAUAAAUUAAAUUUUGUUAGAUUUUAAGAGAAAUAAAUGUGCCUUGUACCUUUUACAUGAAAAGCAUUAUUUUUUUAGAUGUUACCAAUUUUAACUAUUCAUUUUCUUAUUGUAAAAUAAUAAAUACUAUUUUCUUAUAUAAAACUAAAAUGUAGACUACAUAAUAUUAUAAUAAUAUAUUGAACUGUUAAAAUAAAAAUAUAUUGGAGCAAAACAGAAUUUUUCAUGGCUCUUGUUUUUCACAGUUGUCAUCAUGUAAUAGACUUAAAAAAAAACUUUUACCAGUUUAAUCUACUUGAAUUCUGUUCCUGUCUUAUGACUAUUAUAAUAUUCAUUAUUUUUAUUUUCGUUUUUUUUUUUUUAAAUACAUGUUUGAUUGUUAUUGAAAAUUAAACAUGUAUUUAUAUAUUAUUUUCGGUAUCAUCAUGUACAUUAAAAAUUAUUAGUCCAUUUGAUUUAAUCAAAAUCUUAUUUCCCCUCUCCCAGCCAAACAUUUAUUACCUUUGUUAUGUAUUCUUAAUUUAUUUUCUUAAAAAUAAUGUUUUUAACAAAUUAAAUUAGUACAAAAUAAUUAUUUUCAUAUUUCAAAAUAUUACCUAUAUAAACAUAUAAAUUAUAACUGAUUUAUAUACAACACAUGUAUCAAUAUAAUGUCUUGACCAAUUAAUAUAACUGUUUUAAUUAUGUUUCUGUUCUAAGUGUUUAUCAAGCACAUCCAGAUAUAGUAGCUUAUUUGUACAAUAUUAUAAACCACUAAUACAGUUUUAUUUUACUUUUUUAACUUGGGGAAAUAUUAAGCAUCAUGAAAAUAUUGUAUAUUUUAUGAAUAAAAUGAAAUUAAAAAAUG